AUGCCUCACGCCGUCGAUACACCUCCUACAUCGUUCGACAGCCUCAAGCUGGGCAAUGGGUCGAAAAUCUCCUAUCCUGAUUACACCACUGCCUCCCGACCUGUCUCACUCGAGGACUUCCUCAGGCGAGCCGAGGAGGUUUCGGACCUUCUCGGUUUGGAUGUUGCCCAGGUGCGUAAUAUAGCUCGUUGGGCCUUUUGUUCAUAAAGUUGAUGAACACCACGUCUCCACUCUCUUCUAUAGCGUGACAAUCGAAACGAGGUGCCCUACGCGCAAAUUCAGCUCCUAAAGGACGCUGGCCUCGUCACGGCGCUAGGCCCGACUCGCUAUGGUGGAGGUGGACUGCCGUUCGAGGCGAGCUACAAGAUUCAGCGCAUCAUCUCCAGGGGUGAUUCUUCGGUUGGCAUGAUCCUAGCAUACAGCUACCUUUGGUCGUGGACCGCCCAGGUCGUUGGUACCCAAGAACAAGCCGAUGGGCUGGCCAAGCGGGUCACCGAGGGUCGCUUCAUUUUGGGAGGCGCUGUCAAUCCUCGGUAAGUACACCGUUUCACUCCUGAUUCAUGUGAAAGACUUCCUUUAUAUCUGAAUCGCUGUGUACUCAACUUAUGCAGAGACUCCGAUCUCACUGUCACCGAGAGCGAGGACGGCAAGAGCAUUGUUUUUAACGGCAGGAAGGCCUUUUCGACCGGAUCGAAAGUGUCGGAUCUCACCGUUCUUGAGGGCGUAAUCAAAGGCACUGAAACGCACGUCUUUGCCAUCGCCGAGUCCAAACAACCCGGUAUCAAGUUCGGUGAUGACUGGGUUGACGUCCUCGGAAUGAGGGUACGUCUGCACUCGUCCCUCCUUUCCAGCCUCGGAACAAUUGCGGAUGACUGAGCGAGCCAACCCUCCCGCGAUUCAGGGAUCCCAAUCCGGCUCAGUUACGAUCUCGGAUGUUCGAUUGCCUUGGUCUGAGGCACUCGGCUUCGUCGACAAGACCUUCGUACCCCUCGGGGCGUGGAACACCCGUGAGUUCUAGGCAAGAUCAGCCGAGAGCUAUCAUAUUGCUGAGCCCGCAGUACCCUUGCAGUUCUUUUGCCCGCGAUCCAGCUUCAAUUCACCAACUUCUACACCGGCACGGCCCAAGGUGCCUUGAAGAAUGGCGCCGACUUCACGGCAAAGAACACGCGCGGCUGGCCGUUCGCCGCCGAUCCCAAGCAGACCGGUAGCGAAGAGUUCUACAUUCAAGCGCUUUAUGGCGAGUGGCAAGCGAAGUUGUGGGCCCUCGAGGCCCAAGUUGACCAAGCCGGUGAGAUCAUCGGCCAAUUGCUCGCUCGCUCGAGCCGUCAAAUCACGGAGGACGAAAGGGGCUACGCCGCCGUGCGCAUCGCCGCGGCCAAGGUUACUUCGACUGAGUUUGCGCUCGAGGUGACGAGCAAGAUCUACGAAGCGCUUGGCUCUCGCAGCAUCGCACUCCGAGCUGGGUUCGCGCACUUUUUCAACAAUGUACGCACCCAUACCUUGCACGACCCCGUCGCCCAUAAGAAGGCCGAGGUGGGGCGCUAUGUGUUGACCGGAGAGUACGCGACCCCCACUUGGUAUACGUGA